UAAAAAAAAAAGAAGGAAGAAAGGGGUAGAAAAGGAAACCAGAAAAACUCUCGCAAACGUUUCUUCGUCCUCCGUCGUCACUCGAUCCCUCCCUCCCUUCACGUCCCAGAUCGGUUGCUAGAUUCAAGCUUCAACCCCCCCCCUAAUUUCUGUACGCAUCACCAUCGAUUUGAGCUUAACUUCAGGUUUCUAUUCCUUUUCCUCUUUGAUUUUCUGAUUUGAGGAGUUUCUCAAUCUGAUUCAGUGAUCAGAUACAAUGUCAGCUUUGUUCAAUUUCCAUUCAUUUUUGACGGUGGUGCUGCUUGUGAUCUGCACUUGCACUUAUCUCAAGAUGCAGUUCCCUGCCAUUUUGGAGCAGAAGACUGGGUUUCGAGGAUUCUUUUGGAAGGCUGCUAGAAUAGGUGAGCGUUUGAGCCCUUGGAUGUCCGUGGGGUGCUUCAUGAUGGGUGUCUCCAUCAUUUUCUUUUGAGUCUCAACUUCUCUCAGUGUAGUUUUUACCUUCUUUGAGAUACUCAGUUUCCUGUAUGCAAGGGUUUCGAUGAAAAAGAGUAAUAUAUUCUCUUUUGGAUGAUGGGUUUGGUCUUUGUAUUUGGAACGAUCUUUGUGUUAUUUUUAUGUGAAGACUUAUGUCUAUAA